AUGGCGGAAACCUGGCUUCGCCUCUCAGGAGCAGGGGCGGCGGAGGGGGCCGGGCCAGAGGGCGGCCUGGAGGAGCCCGACGCCCUGGAUGACAGCCUGACCAGCCUGCAGUGGCUGCAGGAAUUCUCCAUUCUCAACGCCAAGGCCCCCGCGCUGCCCCCGGGGGGCGCCGACCCCCAUGGCUACCGCCAGGUGCCAGGCUCGGCCGCGCCAGGGUCCCCCCUGGCGGCGGACCCAGCCUGCCUGGGGCAGCCACACACGCCAGGCAAGCCCACGUCGUCGUGCACGUCGGGGAGCUCGCCCUCCGGGCUCCAGGCUCCGCCCCCCGACGAUGUGGACUACGCCACCAACCCGAACGUGAAGCCGCCCUACUCCUAUGCCACCCUCAUCUGCAUGGCUAUGCAGGCCAGCAAGGCCACCAAGAUCACCCUGUCGGCCAUCUAUAAAUGGAUCACGGACAACUUUUGCUACUUCCGCCAUGCUGAUCCCACCUGGCAGAAUUCCAUCCGCCACAACCUGUCCCUGAACAAGUGCUUCAUCAAAGUGCCUCGGGAGAAGGAUGAGCCCGGCAAGGGGGGCUUCUGGCGCAUCGACCCCCAGUACGCCGAGCGCCUGCUGAGCGGGGCCUUCAAGAAGCGGCGGCUGACCCCGGUCCACAUCCACCCAGCAUUUGCCCGCGAGUCCACCCAGAAGCCCAGCACCGCCCCAUGGGCCGGGCCGCUGACCGUGAACACCGAGGCCCAGCAGCUGCUGCGGGAGUUCGAGGAGGCCACCGGGGAGGCGGGCUGGGGUGCGGGCGAGGGCAGGCUCGGGCACAAGCGCAAACAGCCGCUGCCCAAGCGGGUGGCCAAGGUCGCGCGGCCUCCCAGCACCUUGCUGCUGACCCAGGAGGAGCAGGGCGAGCUGGAACCCCUCAAAGGCAACUUUGACUGGGAGGCCGUCUUCGAUGCCAGCGCUCUGGGCGGGGAGCUGGGCACGCUGGAGGCCCUGGAGCUGAGCCCGCCGCUGAGCCCCGCCUCACACGGGGACGUGGACCUCACUGUCCACGGCCACCACAUCGACUGCCCCACCACCUGGGGGCCUUCCGUGGAGCAGGCUGCCGACAGCCUGGACUUCGACGAGACCUUCCUGGCCACGUCCUUCCUGCAGCACCCCUGGGACGAGAGUGGCAGUGGCUGCCUGCCCCCAGAGCCCCUCUUUGAGGCUGGGGACGCUACUCUUGCUGCCGACCUGCAGGACUGGGCCAGUGUGGGCGCCUUCUUGUAA